AUGGCUCGCAAGACCAUUCGCGAAGCAUCGCAUUUGGUGCAUUCUACUGUCUCUUCGCGCCAACUCGAGACAUCAGCGUCGCAGCUGGAUGGCAUUCCGAGAGAUCUCGAGGACUCUGUCCGAUACCAAACGACGCGCAUGAUGCUCAUUGCUGGUAUUUUCCUACGCUUGCCUCAGGAGCUCAUUGCGCAAUCGGUAGUUGUAUUGCAGCGAUUCUGGACUGGCGCCGAUGGAGGUAGUAUGCUUGAUUGUGACGCCGAGGAUGUAGCUGCAGCGACGGUGUACCUCGUCGCCAAACCAUCUCGACACUCCAUCAGCCCCAGACAGUUGCUUACGGUCUUCGCUUUCGUGCGCAGCCUUCGAGGGGAGUACGGUGCUUCUGCGUCAACAAAUCCGAAGACAUUACCGGACUGGCACUUGUCGGAAGGUUCGUACGAGCAACAGCGCGACUGUCUGUACGCCAACGAAGCAAAGGUUCUCCGCACGCUUGGCUUCAAUAUACAUGUCGCGCUGCCGUACGCUCUGAGUAUCAAUUACCUCCAGGCUCUUGAUGUGUUCAGGACUGCAGACGGCGCGCUUCUGGCAAAGCGAACAUUCGCCCAAUUGAACACCGCGCUGCUGAGUCCGCAAUUGCUGUACCUUACCCAUCAACCUUGUGCGCUUGCUACGGCGAGCAUCUACCUGGCUGCACGAGAGAUUGGCGUCAAUCUACCCGAGAUCGAAUGGUGGGAGGUAUUUGACGUCGGCCGUGAGGAGCUGGGCUUUCUCGUUGUGGCGCUGCGAAGCAUGGAUGGGUUUGUGCAGAGUGAGCAGUCCAAGUUGCGAGGCAGGGACGUACCGAUGACCGUUCAAGCGCUACGUGCCGAAAUCAGUCAAUGA